CAGCAUCCUCCUCCAGCAUCCCUCCACCACUGCGUACAUCCACAGUCCUGCUUCCCGUCCUCUCCUUCCCUCAUUCGCCUCCUCAUCUCGUUUUAUACGCACUAACACCUUUUUUUCUUUAUUUUUGAUUGCAGCCAGGUUUGCAUGUUUGGCUCCUGAAAGAACAAAAUCUUUCUUCGUCCUCUUCUUCUGAGGGAUGAUUUGAACGGCACAUCUUUGGUGUUUCUUCCACAAUGCUGCAUGCCGAGCCAGGUGACUUUCUCCAACACUGACGCCAAGUUGUGAGGAUUGAGCAGCAGGAGGAGGACUAAGUCGGGGGCUGGGCGGUGCUGGUGGUGGUCGGGGUCUGGUUUUUUUGGAAGGGUUGAGGGAUUAACAGCCGAGGCGUUCAACGGCGUGAAAGAGCCCUCCUGGAGAAGAGAGCUGGAGGAAGAGAGGAAUGGGCGAUGGAAUGUACCACAGUUUGGCUAUGAUGCGUCUGUGGCUCUGCUCCUUGCUCGUGAGCCUCGCCUGCCGCCUCAGCCUGCAGCAGGAGGUGACAGGGACCCCUAGAGAGGCGGAGAUAAAUAACAACAUCACCGUCUUCACGCGCAUCCUGGACGGACUCCUGGACGGAUACGACAACAGACUCCGACCUGGACUGGGAGAAAAGGUGACAGAAAUCAAAACCAACAUUUUUGUCACCAGCUUUGGUCCCGUCUCCGACACGGAAAUGGAAUACACCAUCGACGUGUUCUUCCGCCAGAGCUGGAAGGACGAGCGUCUUUGCUUCAAGGGUCCCAUGAAGACGCUGGCGCUCAACAACCUCCUGGCCAGCAAAAUUUGGACGCCCGACACCUUCUUCCUCAACGGCAAGAAGUCCAUAGCGCACAACAUGACCACGCCCAACAAGCUGCUCAGGCUGCAAGACGACGGAACGCUGCUCUACACCAUGCGACUGACCAUAUCGGCAGAGUGUCCCAUGCAACUUGAGGACUUCCCCAUGGACGCACACGCAUGUCCCCUUAAGUUUGGAAGCUACGCGUACCCGGUCUCGGAGGUGGUCUACACAUGGACGAAGGGGGCGGCCAUGUCGGUGGUGGUGGAGGAGGAGGGAUCCAGGCUGAACCAGUAUCACCUGAUCGACCAGACGGCGGGGACUGAGGACAUUCACACCAGCCGAGGUCAGUACACAGUGAUGAUGGCUCACUUCUACCUGAAGAGGAAGAUCGGCUACUUUGUGAUCCAGACGUACAUGCCGUGCUUCAUGACCGUCAUCCUGUCUCAGGUGUCCUUCUGGCUCAACAGGGAGUCGGUGCCGGCACGCACCGUCUUUGGCGUGACCACUGUGCUGACCAUGACCACCCUCAGCAUCAGCGCACGCAACUCGCUGCCCAAAGUGGCCUACGCCACCGCCAUGGACUGGUUCAUCGCCGUGUGCUACGCCUUCGUCUUCUCCGCCCUCAUCGAGUUUGCCACCGUCAACUACUUCACCAAGAGGAGCUGGGCCUGGGAUGGCAAGAAGGCCAUGGAGGCCCAGCAGCCCAAACGCAAGGACCCAUUGGCGCUGUCCAAGAAGGCCAACAAUGCACGCGCGGCCGCAGUCAACUACACGGCCAACAUCACCAAGGACUCGUCCAUCUCCACCAUCUCCAACAGCACAUCCGUCCAGCUCAAGGAGUCCAAGGCCCCCGACCCCAAAAAGACGUACAACAGCGUGAGCAAGAUCGACAAGAUGGCCCGUAUCGUGUUCCCGGUGCUGUUUGGGACCUUCAACCUGGUGUACUGGGCCACGUACCUCAACAAGGAGCCAGUCAUCAAGGGAGCCGGAAGUGAGACACAAAGCCAAGCCCUCGUUCACUAAUCCUCCAUCUUCUUGCUUUUAUUGCAUGCAUGUUGCUUCUAGUUUCUCCUCUUGGGUCAGGGGUGUCCAAACAUUUUUCUAGCGAGGGCCACAUAGUGAAAAAUGAUAGGAUGCAACUUUGUAAAUGUAGAUACAGUAGGCUAAGAAGUUAUGCAGUAUUUAUUUCAAGAAAAAACUGCUUCUCAGCUUUGGUAUAUACAGUCAUGGAAAAAAUGAUUAGAGCAUCCUUGUUUCUUCAGUUUCCUGUUCAUUUUAAUGCCCGAUACAACUAAAGGAACCUUUGUUUGGACAAAUAUAACAAUGACAACAAAAAUAGCUCAUAAGAGUUACAUUUUUUGGCAGUACAAUGCUAUAGCUAUUCAUGUAAGAACUUAAGUGAUUUUGGUUAUUACCAAGAAAACCAUGGAAGUUGCUAGAUAUCAGCUCUUAAUUCAACUCUUAUGAGCUAUAUUUGUUAUCAUCAAACAAAGGUACCUUUAGUUGUACCAGGCAUUAAAAUGGAUCAAUAAACUGAAGAAACAAGGAUGGUCUAAUCAUUUUUUCCAUGACUGUAUAUGAUUAAAGUUCUUGAAUCUCGCUACAAAAUACCUACGAAAUACCAUCUUUAGCCAGAAAGUUAUACCAGCACUUUAUGAAAAAGCUAAAAGUGAUGUUGUCAACAUGCUAUCACGUGUCCGCUAUUUCACUUAAGGCAGAUGGUUGGACUUCACGUGCAACAGAGAGCUAUUUAACUGUAACUGUCCAUUACAUUUCACCACAAUGUUUAAACAAUUAUUUAAAUACAUCUGGUUGUUUUAUUAUUAGUUUUCUAUUUGAAAAAACUAGUCUAAUUUAUUUGAAAUAUCACCCAAACGGUUCGCUUUUAUUUAUUUAAAAAACUUUCUGUUUGCAUUUUCUUAAAUAAAAGCAUUUUAAGUCA